AUGUUUUACUCAGAGGAACUUGGGCUUCCCAGAACAGAUCCAAGUCGCUGGCGGCUCCGUACCGAUCCCCUUGGUCGAGAAACAUGGCACUACCUCACUUCAAAUGAGGCUAGCGAAGAGCCUCAGUCAACGUACGAGCAAUGGUUACUCAACUCUCCAGAUUUUCCAACACCACAGAGCUCAACACCUCAGACAGCAGGCGAGGCCGCUGAAAAGGGCGCAGAGUUUUUCAAGCUACUCCAACUUGACAAUGGGAUUUUCCCGUGCCAAUACAAGGGCCCUAUGUUUUUGAAUAUUGGAUACGUUGGUGCCCACUAUUUUUGUCAAACUCCAAUACCAGAAGCUUUCAAGAUUGAGUUGAUACGUUAUAUUGUAAAUUCGGCCCAUCCAGUCGAUGGUGGGUGGGGGUUGCAUUCGGUUGACAAGUCAACAUGUUUUGGAACUACAAUGAACUACAUAUGUCUCAGGCUAUUGGGUCUUCCCUCCGAUCAUCCAGUAAUUAUCAAAGCACGGAAAACAUUGCACAAAUUGGGUGGCGCCUUAAGGAAUCCGCAUUGGGGAAAGGCAUGGCUCGCAAUACUCAAUCUCUAUGAUUGGGAAGGUGUCAAUCCAGCGCCACCAGAGUUGUGGACCUUGCCAUAUGCACUUCCAAUCCACCCGGGAAGGUGGUGGGUGCAUACAAGAGCCAUAUAUUUGCCAUUGGGAUAUCUUUCUGCCAACAGAGUUCAGUGCAAAUUGGACCCUCUACUAGAGCAAUUGAGAAGCGAGAUAUACCUACCAAGUCAACUUCCUUAUGAAACAAUAAAGUUUGGUGAUAACCGAAACAAUGUUUGUGGCGUUGAUUUGUACUAUCCACAUACAAAGAUUCUAGACAUGGCCAAUUUCUUUUUGAGCAAGUGGGAAAAAUUAAGACCACAAUGGCUCCUAAACUGGGUCAAUUCCAAAACCUAUCCUUUAAUUGAAAAAGAAUACAAGAACACGGAUUACUUGUGCAUUGCCCCUGUUAGUUUUGCCCUCAAUGUUGUAGUGACCUAUUUCCAUGAGGGUCCCAGGUCAAAAAACUUUGCCGGUUUGCAGCGCAGAAUGAAUGAUAUCAUAUUUCAUGGGCCACAAGGUAUGACAGUUAUGGGUACCAACGGGGUGCAAACGUGGGAUGCCGCGUUUAUGGUGCAAUAUUUCUUUAUGACCGGACUUGUAGACAAGCCUCAGUUUCAAGAUAUGAUUAGAAAAGCCUAUUUGUUCUUGGUGCGGUCGCAGUUUACUGAAAAUUGUGUUGAAGGAAGCUUUAGAGAUCGAAGAAAAGGAGCUUGGCCUUUCAGUACCAAAGACCAGGGCUAUACAGUAAGCGAUUGCACUGCUGAAGCGAUGAAGGCCAUUAUUAUGGUGAGAAAUGAUGAAAGAUUUGCUGAUAUUAGAGACGAGAUCAGAGAUGUGGAUUUGUACGAGGCAGUCGAGGUGUUGCUCCAAAUACAAAAUAUUGGCGAUUGGGAGUUUGGUUCAUUUUCCACAUAUGAAGGUAUCAAAGCCACUUUGUUGCUCGAAAAGCUCAACCCCGCCGAAGUGUUCAAUAAUAUAAUGGUGGAAUAUCCAUAUGUCGAGUGCACGGACUCGUCCGUUUUGGGCUUGACCUAUUUUCACAAACAUUACCCUGACUAUAAACCUGAGUUGAUUCAAAGGACAAUUGCUAGUGCGAUCCAGUAUAUUAUUGGUGCUCAAGAUAAGCAUGAUGGGUCAUGGUAUGGAUGCUGGGGUAUAUGUUACACCUAUGCCUCGAUGUUUGCAUUGGAAGCACUUGACAGUGUUGGUAUGCACUAUUCAAAUUCUGCAUCGGCCAAACGUGGGUGUGAUUUCUUAAUAUCCAAACAAUUGGAAGAUGGUGGCUGGUCCGAAUCCAUGAAAUCUUGUGAGACACACUCAUAUGUUAACGCUGAGAAAUCGCUUGUUGUACAAACAGCGUGGGCAUUGAUUGGUUUGAUUUUGGCCAAGUAUCCACACAGAGAACCUAUUGAUAGAGGGAUUAGGCUCUUGAUGGACAGACAAUUGCCGAGUGGCGAAUGGAAGUUUGAAGAUAUAGAGGGUGUAUUCAAUCACAGCUGCGCUAUUGAGUAUCCUUCUUAUAGAUUUUUAUUUCCCAUCAAGGCUCUAGGUUUAUACGAGAAAAGAUAUGGCAAAUCCUAA